GGCCUCCCUGGGUGCAAAUGAGAAGGGCGGGGCGGGCGGAUGCCCGGGGCGGCAGUCGUUGGGGCGCGACAGCCUCCGCCCCGCUCGCUCCUUUCGGCUUCCUGGCCCCUCCAACAGAGGGCUGCCUCCUUCUGCUGUGUUUCGCAACGAGCACCUGAAGUGAGACGGCUUCACCCAGUAGGAGUAGUGUGGGGCACGUCAACACAACAGAUGCGUGCUGAGGGCGCAUCUGUCCCUUCCUCUUCACCUCCGUGGAGGUGGGGGCGGGGAACCCUCAACCAACGGAUGAAAACUGCAGAGGCUGCCGGGCAGUGUCAGGUUGGAGAAGUUGAGGACUUAGUCGCUCACUUGGCGGAGGAGUUGACAAUCAAGUGUUGCCAACAGGAAUUUCUUCAUCCAGAGUCAUAGUACACCUGGAUCUGGAUUGUUUUUAUGCACAAGUAGAAAUGAUAUCAAAUCCAGAACUAAAAGACAAACCUUUAGGAGUUCAGCAAAAAAAUUCUGUGGUUACCUGCAACUAUGAAGCUAGGAAACUUGGAGUUGGGAAACUUAUGAGUGUCAGAGAUGCAAAAGAAAAGUGUCCACAGCUGGUAUUAGUUAAUGGAGAAGACUUGACCCGUUACAGAGAGAUGUCUUAUAAAGUUACAGAAUUGUUAAAAGAAUUUAGUCCUCUUGUUGAGAGACUUGGAUUUGAUGAAAAUUUUGUGGAUCUAACAGAAAUGGUUGAGAAGAGACUAAAGCAGCUUCAACAUGAUGAACUUUCUGCAGUGAGUGUGUCGGGUCAUGUAUACAAUAAUCAGUCUAUAAACCUGCAUGACAUCUUGCACAUCAGACUACUUGUUGGAUCUCAGAUUGCAGCAGAGAUGCGGGAAGCCAUGUAUAAUCAGUUGGGGCUCACUGGCUGUGCUGGAGUGGCUUCUAAUAAACUGUUGGCAAAAUUAGUUUCUGGCGUCUUUAAACCAAAUCAGCAGACAGUCUUAUUACCUGAAAGUUGUCAAAAUAUUAUUCACAGUUUGAACCACAUAAAGGAAAUACCUGGUAUUGGCUAUAAAACUACCAAACGUCUUGAGGCACUGGGGAUCAGUAGUGUGCAUGAUCUCCAAACCUGUUCGUCCAAAAUAUUAGAAAAAGAAUUAGGAAGUUCAGUUGCUCAGCGUAUCCAGAAGCUCAGUUUUGGAGAGGAUAACUCUCCUGUGACACCUUCAGGACCACCUCAGUCCUUUAGUGAAGAAGAUUCAUUUAAAAAAUGUUCAUCAGAAGUCGAAGUGAAAAAAAAGAUUGAAGAACUACUUGCUUGUCUUUUGAACAGAGUAUGCCUAGAUGGAAGGAAACCCCACACAGUAAGAUUAACACUCCGUCGGUAUUCAUCUGAGAAGUACUGGAGUCGUGAGAGUCGUCAGUGCCCUAUUCCGUCUCAUGUAAUUCAGAAGUUAGGGAAAGGAAAUUAUGAUGUGAUGACCCCAAUGGUUGAUAUAGUUAUGAAACUUUUUCGGAAUAUGGUGAAUGUGAAGAUGCCAUUUCAUCUUACCCUUCUAAAUGUGUGCUUCUGCAACCUUAAAGCACUAAAUACUGCUAAGAAAGGGCCUAUUGAUUAUUACUUAAUGCCAUCAUUAUCAACAACUUCACGCUCUGGCAAGCGCAGUUUUAAAAUGAAAGAUACUCACAUGGAAGAUUUUUCCAAAGAUAAAGAAACAAAUCGUGAUUUUCUACCAAGUGGAAGAAUUGAAAGUACAAAAACUGGGGAGUCUCCACUAGAUACUACAAAUUUUGCUAAAGAAAAAGACAUUAAUGAAUUCCCACUCUGUUCACUUCCUGAGGAUGUUGACCAAGAAGUCUUUAAGCAACUUCCAGUAGAUAUUCAAGAAGAAAUCCUUUCUGGAAAAUCUAGAGAAAAAUCUCAAGGGAAAGAAAAUUUGAAUUGUCCAUUACAUGCCUCUAGAGGAGUAUUAUCUUUCUUUUCAACAAAACAAGUGCAAGAUAAUCCCACAAAUCCUAGAGAUCAUUUAUUCAAUAGCAAACAGGUAUCCUCUGUAUCUCCUUGUGAGCCUGGAACAUCAGGCUUAAAUAGCAGUAGUUCCUCUUACCUGUCUAGCCAAAAGGAUUGCUCAUAUUGUUUAGAUAAUAGAUUAAAAGAUGAACGAAUGAGUCAAGGACCUAAAGAACCUCAAGGAUUCUACUUUUCAAAUACAAACCCUGCUGUAUCUGUUUUCCAUUCAUUUCCCAAUUUGCAGAGUGAGCAACUUUUCUCCAAAAACCCAACUACAGAUAGUCAUAAGCAAACAAUGGCAAUAGUCUCUCAUCAUGAAAGACAUACAGAAAAUAGAGAACAAGAUUCAGUUGAUGAGAAAAUCACUUUUCCUUCUGACAUUGAUCUUCAAGUUUUCUAUGAACUACCAGAAGAAGUACAAAAGGAACUGUUGGCUGAGUGGAAGAGAACAGGAUCAGAUUUCCACAUUGUACAUAAAUAAGCAUGUUCAGAAAAAAGGUCUAAAAAGCAAAGGAAGUACCAUUGUUCUAAGAUUAGCAGUUUAUUAAGCUCUUCUAAAUUAAACACUAAUAGAUAUUCAAUAAUGUAAAAUCAAAGGUACAAUGUUCCAGAUAAAACACAAAAUAGUUACGGGAAGUAAAUUCUGGCACAAAGCAUAAAAAUGUUCAUAACAGAAAAAAUAAUGUAAAAUAUUAUCUUUCUCUAUUUCUAAAGCUAUUUUAUAUUGCUUUUCAAUAAAAAGAGUAUCAUGGUCAAC